GCAAAAUAAGAGUCACACCAAUAUGUCAAAAUAAAAUAAAUGCUUGUGUUUUGUGAUCCCCAUUUUGUUCUUCCUCCUCUUUAACCCUUUUAAAGCUCUUUCUUUUUCUUGAUUCAGAUGAAAUAUCUUCAUCUUUUUGCUCCCAAAUUCAAGUAAUAUUUUAAGAAAAAUAGCUUUGGAUAAAAAUCCAGAAAUUUGAUUCUUCCCAAUGAAAAUAGUAAAUUUUGCAUGGUUGGGAGACUAUUUUGAUACCAGCAUUACAGGCACCAGUUAACUCUGAGCAUUAUUGUUCUUGAAAAUUCGAAGGCAGACAUGACAAAACGAAGUUGGAAGGAAUCCAUGAAGCCUUUUGGGAGUCAUGUUGAUCCUGAAAAGGAAGAACAAUUGAAAUGGAUAAAAAUAGAAAUUGAAAACAAAGUAAAAAGGAUAGCAAAGCUAAUCAAGAAAAUAAACCAAGGUAGUAGAGAAGGGAACUUGAGAAGAAGAUCAGAAUUGCUUCAACUUGUUGAUGAAUUCCACAAACAUUACCAAUCCCUUUAUUCUAUGUAUGAUAAUCUCAGAGGGGAAGUAAGGAAAAAACUUCAUGAAGAACACGAGGGCGAGUCAUCGUCUCAAUCUUCUUCAUCGUGUUCGAAUUCAGAAUCAUAUUUUAGCCCCGAGGAAGUCACCGCGAAAAGUAGCUCGUCUUGUUCCAAUUGUGAGCCUCUUGAGGAUGCUAUUUUGAAGGACAAAAUUAUAACUUCAAAUUUUGAAGUGAAGGAAACCGUCGAAAGUUUUGAUGUGGAAAAUUUUGAGACGCCAAUGUGUUAUAGCCGAGGGUCUGAGUCAGGGGAAUUCUUCAAAGACCUGUGCAUUCAAGGUGACGAGAAGCUGAUACAUGAAUCCGAAUGGUUAAACGAUAAAGUAAAAGAAAAAGAAGACGAAAUCUUGUAUCUCACCGAUGAUUUUGAGCUUCGUGAGAAGGAGAGAUUGUCUCAUAUAAAGGUGUUAGAGGAUCAAGUUGCUAGUAUGAAGGUUGAAUUAGAUAACUUAUGUGUUCAAAAGAGAGAACUCGAAGAGAAACUCGUGCGCAAGUCGAAAGAACUUAAGAAAAUGGAAGAAAGAAACUUAGCACUAGAAGCAACAUUCAUAGAGAAAGAUGAUCAGUUCUCUCAUCUUCUGAAAGAAUUCGACGAAAAUCAACUCAACUCAAUGUCUAGGAUCGAUGAUCUUAUGGCAAAAUCAAACAGUCUGCAGCAAGAAGUGGACCGUUUAAAAGCUGAAAGGAAUGAAUUGGAACAAAAAUUGUUAGAUGAAACGAAGAAAGUAUCAGACCAAGUCAAGGACUUAUUAGAACAAACACAUUUUUCAGAACUACAACACGUAAACGGUCCACUCCAUCAAGAAGUGGACCGUUUAGGUGCUGACAGGAAUGAAUUGGAACAAAAGUUGUUACAUGAAACAAAAAAAGGAUCAGAACAAAUCAAGGACUUACCAGAGAAAAUACGUUUUUCAGAACUCGAAAAAAAGUCUCACGAGGCAUCUGAUCAAGUUAAAGAUUUAACCGAAAGGACUAAUUAUCUGCAGCAGGAGUUGGAAGCCUUAAGAAAUCAGAAUUCUGAACUUGAGUUGUCACUCAAAGAAAAAACUCAAGAAGUAUCGGACUGUCAUCUUCGGAUAGAAAAUAUGAAAGAGAAAUUAACGAGCAUUACUUUGUCCGAGAAGGGCUUAAAGUCAGAGGUGAAAUCACUCGCGAAAGAAAAAUGCGACAUGGAAGAGAAGAUAAUGGAUAUGAAUCAAGAAGCUUAUCAUUCGGAGUUACAAAAAGAAAAGCUGAAUGAUAAGAUCAUGGAGUUGGAAACAAAACUAUUAGGAAAAGAAGCAGAGGUGGGAAUUCUUCAAAAGAAACACAAGGUUUACAUGAACGAUAUGUCCACUCAGAGUUCAACGUUGACAGCCCGAAUCAGCAAUACUCAAAAGCAGAUUCAAAUCGCUGAGAAAGAAAAACAGGAAUUUUUGCAAAGCAUUAUGCAGAUGGAAAAGAAAAAUACUGAACUGACUAUCAAGAUCGCGGAGCAGGAGAAAAUUAUAAGAGGAAUGCAAGAUGUCGUAAACAAGUCAAAGCAGGAACAUAAGCAGAUGCAAAUCAAGGUAAAGGAUUCAAAAGAAAAUUUUCAUAAUGCUGAAAGAAAACUAGAAGAAAUGACGGAGGAACUACGCAAGAUGUUUGAAGACAGUUUACGAAUCUUAAGCAGAAGGAUCUGCGUGGCAGAACAAUUGCAUAUCGAGAACAAGGAGUGGUACCAAAAAACAAGAAACUCGUACGAGAAAGAGAACAAAGAUCUAAAAGAGAAAAAUGCAAGGCAUGAAAUGGGGUUAAGGGGCGUUAAGGAUAUAUCAUUGACAGCAAGCGAUAUCUUAGGUUCACUGGACGCUGUGGCAUUAAAGUUUGAGGAAUGCACGGGUCAUUUUUUGAACCGAAUAUCCAAAGUUUCGUGUGAGCUGCAAUUCGUAAAAGAUUGGGUUAUGAGGAAAAAUAAAGCAAUGGCACAUGUUAGAGAUGAUUUUGAUUGCUUACUUGCACAAUGUGAUGACAAAGAAGCUGAGAUAUUGAAGUAUAGGGAGAAAGUUUGGAAGUCGGAUAAUAAAGUUAGGGAACUAGAGAAGAUGAUCAAGGAUAAAGAGGAAUCAAUGUUGGUUCUCAAGGAGGAAAAAAGAGAGGCGAUUAGGCAAUUAUGUGUAUGGAUUGAUUAUCAUCGUAGUCGCUCUGACUAUUACAAGAGGAUCCUGCUAACUGAAUUUGGCCGAAGGAGCGCUCCCUAGGAAUGUUUUUCCUUAAGAGCUAUUUAGUAACUUCUUUAGCCAUAGUUAUAUGAUAAGAUGCAAUAGCUUGUGUCCUUACUUUCUUCUCUAUUUAUCUGGUACUCGAAAUCCACUGAUUCCAGAUUUGCACUUGUGGGGCACACAGAAGGGGAAAAACCGCUUCUUAGCAGGAGUUUGUUUAGCUUCUUCAGCUAGUCAUAUGAUGAGAUGUAAUAGCUUGUGUCCUUUCUUCAUAUACAUCUGGUACCCGACAUCCACUGAGUCCAGAAUCGUGCAGCGUGGGGCCCACUAAAGGGGGAUAAGGCGCUUCUUACCAGGAGUUUCUGCAUUCCGACUAAAAUUUGAGAAGGUUGGAACCGCCAUUUGCGCGUUCCUCCUCUUUCUUGCAAUGUCGGGGAUUUGCUUAGAUCAAGUCAUGAAGCUCAUGUGCAAGUUUCAAAUUCUUGUCCUGAGAAUUGUUACACAUUUUCUUUUAUUGCUAUGUUCACCAAUAGGUGUGUUCUUGUUAGAAGAGUGUUAUUGUAUUACUGAAUAAAAGAGUAUUAGGCAACUGAAAAACAUUAGUCACACACACAAAUAAUUUUGGUUACAAGCCUAACCAUUGGCCAAAACCAGAUUUUUGUAUUGUACAUUUUGGAUUUGGGAAUCAAUUAAAGUCCCAAAUCUCUUAUUGGAGAAAUU